CGUCGGGGCGGCUUUUUCGUUGUUAUUUCGCUCGCGUACCACUGCGGAUAACGAAAAUUGUCGUGAUUUAACACGUAAUUGUGUGGCGCUAAAGAUUUUUCGUGGUAAAUAGUAAAUCUCCACUUAACCACAACAAAUCUCAUUCUCAUUUUCUUCGCCUGUACCUCAAUUAAGAUUUCUAGUGCUCAAAUUCUAAAGCAUAGUUGUCGGUCUUGUAAGAUUUCUGAUUGUAUUUUCAAUGGCUUCAUGUCUCUCGUAUUGUCUUCUAUAAGUUUCACACCAUGCUGCAUUCGAUUUAAACACAAUUUUUCAUCCGCCAACGAAGUUUUCGCUUAGGUUUGUUUUUAAUAAUGUGAUACAUCACGAUGAACGCGGCAGCAGCUGUUCAGGCACGUGAAACAUCCAUGGCUGAUACGUGACAAGUGACUACUCGGGCGAGCAGCUCGAUCACUUGCCACGCUCUAAUGAAAGUCGAUACUUACAAUGGUUCGCGCGGAAAAUGAAUGGUUAGUAUGUCUCUGUAUUCAACCAUAACCGUAAAAUCGAGUAGAUAUGUGAUAACAAUCUUUCGAUCUGCCGCGAUUGCCUCGUAUCAAGGUGGAUUAAUAUAUACCCACCAUAGAUAUAUAAAAUACCUAGAUAGCAAAAUCGUAUCUAUUAUUGAAGUCAGACGCUAUUUACAGGUAGGGCAAAAGCGAUAGUGAAUUAUUGACGGUUGUUAUUCUUAUUAUUACAAUGCGUCCAUUAUGAGAUAAUAAACAUCGAAUCGAUAUAAAAAUCGAUAAUACUUGUAUCGAUGUCGAUUAUAUCAUAUUUUGCAAUCGUUUUUGCCCCAUCUGUAAAUGGUUGACGACUUCAAUUUGUUGUCAAGCCAGUAUACAGAGUUUGAUAUCUAGUUAUUUUAUAUAUCUAUGAUAUCCACCUUGCCUAGAAUAUUUGAGAGGUUGAGCGCAACAGUGACCUAUUCCAUCAGACAGUUAAUUGGAUUUAUAUAGCUUUUUAAAUUCUUUAAAAAUUUUAAUAAAAAAAUCAUUAUUAAAAAAAAAAUGUAUUUCAUUAAUUUUUAUUAUUGAAUAUCGGUACAUCCAAAACAUAAUGUUAAGAGUUCUUUUGAAACUAAUCGUGCAAAAUAAUAUUAAUAACCAAAUAGUUAUAUUUCAUAAUAUAUCUACGUUCAAUAAUAACGUAAUUUUUAUUCGGUAGGUACUGUGAUGUAAUAAACUGAGAAUACAUUUUAUUUUUAAUACGUUACAAAAAUCAGGUAAACAGUAUUUUUGUAAUCUAAUUUAGUACAUUGUAAAUAUGGAAAAAGUACGAAAAAUUUAGUAUGUUUUAAUUGGAAAAAUUAUAGGUACUAAAGUGUGUUACGCGUUCAAUUUUUUGGGACACAUUUUUGUAUUUUUUUACUCGCUUCUGUUUAUAUUGACCAAGUAUACAAAAAAUAUACAGAGCAUGCACUAAUAUCAAAAUUUACAAAAAUACGCAUUUUACAGUUUUGUUAUUUAAUCAAUCAGGCAAUGAUUUACUAGUCUCGACUCCCAUUGACUGCAUGUAUAUAAUGUAAAAAAUAUGUAUUUUAUGUAAAAUCUGGUCUUUAAUUAUAAUAUAUACAUACAUCGAAUAGGUACAUAAAUUAUUAUGCUAUUAUUCAUUAGAAUACAUUACGUGUGCAUUAAUAUAGGUUAUAUAAUAUUUAUAAUCACAUUGGUUGACUCUAAAAAAGGUAGGUAAAUAACAUAACAUUAUAAUUAAAACUUAAAAUGCAUUUAAUAGUUCAAGUAUACUAUUAAACUAUAAUGUCCAAACAUCAAAUGAUGUACUAUGUACAUUGUACUUUAUUACAUAUAUGAUAGUAUAAGUAAUGUAUAGUAUAGUAACGCUAUGCAAAACAAAAUAAUAUUUCCUGUUAAACUUCAAUUUUUUUUUUAAGAUUCUGAACGUAUAGUGAGGAAUGUAUUGGUUUCAUGAUGUAUAUAUUUACGUAUGUAUGUUUAUGUAUGUGUGUUUUUUUUUUUUUAUUAUCUGAGAACAAUUUUUCUUAGUCCGAACAUCGACUUCUGCAGAGUAAAUUAUUACGGUAUUAUUCAUUAGAAUAUCUUACGUGUGCAUUGUUAUAGGUUUUAUAAUAUUUAUUGUCACCUUGGUUGACCUUAAAAUAGCUAGGUAAAUAACAUAAUAUUACAAUUCAAACUUAAAAAGCAUUUAAUAGUUCAAGUAUAUUCCUAAAUGCUAAUGUACAAACAUCAAAUAAUNUGUUAAACUUUAAUUUUUUUUUUUUAAGUUUCUGAAUGUAUAGUGAGGAAUUUAUUGGUUUAAUUAUGAAUAUAUUUACGUAUGUAUGUUUAUGUGUGUGUGUGUUUUUUUUUGUUAUCUGAGAACAAUUUUUUUUACUUCGAACAUCGACUUCAAGAUAGUUCUUGGUAGUAAAUUGUAUUUGUUAGUAAACUUAACUAAAUUUCAGUAUCAUUUUAGAUUCUAAGCAGAUCGAAGAAUGUAUUCGUUUUACAAUGAUGUUUAUUAUUAUUGUUUUUUUUUUAUGAAUAACUUUCAGAUAUUUUGCUCCGAUUUCACGUGUAGCACUUUUCUGAAAAUACAUUUUAGUGGAGUGGUACUUUAGGGAAGUCAAAAUAUAUGAAAUAUAUUUUCAAAUCGUAAAUAUCAAAACGUGUAUAUAACCGAACUCUGGUCAGAAUUGUUUUUCGUUAGCAAUGAUCAAUCGUUGAGUACAGAUAUACAUUUAAUUUACUCUCUACCUUCCAAACAUCUCACCUAUAACAGCGUACAGUGGCCCACCCAUAGUGCAAAAUAUGUCCGUUUGUUUUUUUUUUCAACCUUUACACCUUUGUAAAUUUCUUAAUAAUUGUAAAAAGACGGGUAAUAAUUUAGGAAAACGGAAAUGUUUACACUUACGCAAUGAUAGUUUCUGUUAUUUUUGAUUUUUUUUUCUAAAAUUCAGUUAGGAGUAAUUUCAUCGUAGACAUAAGCGCCAAUAGGAAGAAGUAGGGGUUUUUCCCUUCCAAAACUUAGCCAAGCUCUUCCAAAUCAAGUUCUUAUCAGGUGUAAAAACAUAUUAUGGAGGCUUAAAUCCAUCAAACAAAAUAUUUGUACAAUUUACACCUAAAACCUGGGCACCUGACAUUUUUACCAAACAUAUUAUAGUACUUUCUAGACGUGGUAAAAUGUUCAAGUUAUAGUAUAACGUUAGUUGUUAAUUAGAAAUUAGAAAAUAUUAAAUUUUUGUUUCCUUGAAAAUUAUGAAGAUGUUAUAGGUAAGUUUUGCUUAGGAUCAUAUAGUUUGCACACAUCUACUAACAUUACAAUUCUUUUUCACACAAAUUAUACACAUACAUUUUCCUUAUGUAAACUUAAGAUUUAUCUAUUGUUUAUGAAAUUGUUUAGAUUUGUCUAUGAAUAUUUUAACCUUAUGUGUGUGGCUUAAAAUAUUAUUUUAUUUAUAUACAAUUUUUUUAUUUUAAUAUUAUUAGAAUCAAGUACUUUAAAAUAUAUAUUGGUAUAUAAGUACUUUCUACAUCCAUUGCUUCAGAUUCUGCAUUUGUAGUUUGCUUACUAAAAACUAAACCAAAUGAUUAGGCUUUUGUUUUUUCCUUUUACCAUCUAGUUAAAAUUAACAAUAAGAUAUUUGAUUAUAAUGUAAAUAAAUUCAAAAAUUAGUAUUUAAUUAAAAUUUACCUUCUGCUUGAGAUGGGAUAUCAAUUGGUAUACCAUGUUCUUUGGAAAAUAUUUGUAUGGAUGAUCAUUUAUAAGAGAAACUAUCAGAAGUUCGAGUGUGUUUGAAGGAUUUUAUUAAACCAUUAAUUAAUUUUGCUGAUUUUCUAAGUAUGUUAAUAGAACAUAAUAAAUGGAAAUAAAUGGUUUAUGAUAAAUUGUCCUCUUAUAAUUGUAGAGAUUAUUCCUAAAUAAUACAAAUAUUAAAAUAAUGAUUUGUUGUGCACAAAUAAUAGACCAUGUGUAUUAGACAUAUUAUCAUGCAAAUAAAAACUAUUUUGGUUAAUUAUAUAAUAUUAUAGUAUUAUACUUAUUGCUUCAUUGAAAAUCUUUAUCAGCUUCAUUUUUAACUUCUUUUUGAAGUACACUGAGAAUGCUUAUAAAACAUUGUUUUAAAGCUUCACAGUUUAUAUACCUGCAGUUCAACCUUGUUUUACCUUAUUUAAUACUAAUUUUUAAAAUUAGUUUAAAAAGUUUUUAUUUUUACACCUAAUUAUUUUUGUAAAUCAGUUAAUUGGAUAUUAUUUGAGAAAUUUAAUUUUAAUAAAAAUUUAUAUCAAUACAUGAAAUGUUAUAAAAAUGUUGGUUUCUAUGUUUUAUUCGACAGUUGAAUACAAUAUCUGUCCAGCAGUUCAACAACUGAAUUGCACAAAUAAUUAGCUCUAUUUCAUUUUCUAAUUUUUAAUAAAUAAACAUAUAAAAAUAAACAAAAAAUACAGAAAAAAAGGGCAUAAUAUUUUAAGGUAAUACCUACAUUUACUACAUUUUCUUGUUUUUCCUCAGUUUUUUGGUUUUUAGCAUUUGAAAUGAAAACUCUUGAGAAAAUCGAAAAAUAAUGUCCCUAAAGUACCUCCCCACACCAGUUUACUUUAAGAAAAGGUGCUACACGUGAAAAUCGGAGCAAGUCCUCUGGUAGAAAAGUUGUCCACAGAAAAAAAAAAUAAAAUAAACAUCUUUGUAAAACCAUAAGCUUUUGCUCAGAAUCUAAAAGAAACAUGAAACGUAUAUAAAAUGAAACAUGUGAAUAGGAAAAUUAAAUUCAAGUUUACUUACAUCAACUAAAUAAUACUAAUUUAAGAAAAUAUGUAAUUGGUAUUUUGAGUUAUAUUUCUAGAUAUAUAGUGAGAAAUAUGAUAAAAAAAUUAGUGUGCUCUUUUUGUAUUGAAAUCGAUCUGAUCAUAAUAAUUGUACAACUUUUACUUUUGUGAAGGCAGUUUGUAGAGGUAAAGCAAUUAAUGCUUUAAAAGCUAUUUUGUUAAUAGUGCAACAUUGCGGAUGGGUGUGUAAUGCUAAAUGGCUUGCUUUUACUAAUUAUUAUGUAUUUAUAGUUGCUUAGGUAAGUUAGCUUAAUACUUUAUGCUCGGUUUUAUGUCAUGGGUAUUAUGCAUACAACUAAGUUUUCUUAUAAAUUUACUUAACUCUUAACUCAUUUCCGAAGAUUGGCAUCAAAUAGUUAAAAGUUAUUUGAAUUAAUUUUGUAAUCAACUUAAUAACUUAAAAAGUUAUAGAAAAUUGCAAGAACAUUAAAACAUUAAAUGAAAAAAAAAUACAUCCAUUUAAGAUCUUGUACUUACUAGCUAGUGGAUAUAGUAUUCUGUUUUAACAAAAUAUUCAGUUAUUAUUUUUAAAAAAUGGCAUUAACUUAACCAUCUUUGUUAACUUCAAAUUUAAUUGCAAAUCAUUUUUAAAGCAUAUUUUAUUGAUAUUUAUGUGUCUAAAAUAUUAAAAUAUUUGAUUUACUGGAUAAAAUAAUUAAUAUAUUGUUAGUUGUUACCCAUGAAUUUAGAUAAUCUGCUACCUACUUGCUACAACAUUGAUUUAAAAUUAUUAAGUUUAUUAUUUUUCGAAUUAACAAAAGAUAGCUCAUUCUCAGUGGUUUAAUGAUUCUAAACUUUUACCUUGGCUUAAGUUGAAGAGUUAUGGGGAUGUUUGGACUGUGCAUUGUACCUGUAUAAUAGGAUUAGGUGAAUGCUGUUCACAUGUUGGUACAAUGCUAUUUUACUUAGAGUAUGCAUGUUUGAAAAAAGCACACUCAUCUAGUUAAUAACAGAUGUUUCACCAUAUUGGGAAGCUUUAUCAAACAAAAAUAAUGUUGAAAUCCAAAAAUAAAUAAUAUUAAUUUUAGUCAUCCAAAAACAAUGAAUUCAGAAUGUAGACAACCUCAUAAACAAAACAAAGUGUUAUUAUAAACUUACCAAAAACAUUUGAUGAUAAUCAGACUUUUCAUAACUUUUUAUCCAAAUUAAAAAUAGUAAAUAGUAAUGCAGCUAUUUUAAAUGUUGUUCUGCAAUAUAAUUUAAAUUUUAAAACAAAUGCAUUUCCAAAAUAUUAUUCGAACAUGUUUAAAGAUGAAAAUGCUAAGCUUAACAGAGAAAAACUUCUUACUCUCGGUUCAAAAUUUGACUUCUGUUUAAUUAAAUCAAUCUGUGGUGAAAUUGAAAUAGAAACAAAAUUGCAGUCAAAUUCUAAAGAAUGAUUUUUAUACAGAAGUGGUAGAAUUGCUGCCUCAAGGGUAAAGGAAGUUUGUUCUGUCAAGUCAUAUGAGUCUAAUAUAAGUCUCAUUAAAUCAAUUUGUUAUCCGUAGAUCAAUUCUUUUAAAAAAAAAGCAACUGAAUGGGGUAAAGUUCAUGAAAUUUAUGGCAAGCGAAUGUAUAUAGACAAGUUAGAAAGCGAUCAUAUACAUUUUUCAGUGACAAAUAGUGGACUUGUCAUCAAUCCAAAUAUCAUUAAUACUUUUAUUAAACUCAAAUGCAGUUAUUGUUGUGUGAAGUAUGGAGAUUUUAUGAUAUGGCCUCCAAACUAACACUAUAAAGAACAUAUAUAUAUAUUAACAAUGAAGUAUGCAAAGUAUGGAAAUAAUAGCAAAGUCCCGAUGGUUUUUCUAUGAAGCAAUAUUACCUGAGUUACUUAGCAAAUAUUUUACCAAUAGACAUUCCAUUGGAUAUACAAGUAUUGAGGUCCUAGAUAUAUUAUUUUAUAAUUAUUGCACAUGUAAAUAAUUAUGUAUAUAAAUCAUUCAAAUUAUGAAUAUAGAAUACACAUGAAUACAUAAUUUACUUUUACAUUAAAACAAUUAAUCUAUUAAUCCAAGGGAUUUUUUUACACAUCCAGUUGAUGAUAAGGAAUAAUUGAUAAGAAAAUAUUAUCAGCAUCAAACUGAUCAAUACAAUAUUUGUGAAUAUUAUGUUUUAAAUCUACAAAUUUAACUACUUAGUUUCAAUAAUACAUUUUAAGUUAAUAAUUUUUCUAUGAAAUUAAUAAUUUGUUUUAUACCUAAUACGGCCGUGACUUCGUUUUUUUCAAAUAUAUUGUCUUGUUUUUCAUAAUUUAUCAUUUUAUAGUAGGUAAAUAGUUUUUCUGUUUUUUUUUUUUUUUUACUAAAUAUCAAUUUUUAUUCAUGAAGAUCAAUUUUACGUUAAAAUUUUUAGAUUUUCAGUUCUGUUGAAAUCCUUUCAUCCCAUAGGUUUAUAUAAAAUUAAUAUCUCAUUGCUUAGUUUUCUUAUUAUUAAAAUUAUCAUUUAGAUAUGCAAAUGUGAUAAAAUAAUAUUAUAUAUUUUAGUAUUAUUUAACUUAUGUUAUUAAAACUCAAUAACAUAAAUUUUAUCUACACUAAUUUAAAAUCCCUUAUUAAAUUGAAUUAUUUAUUAUUUAUUUUUAUAGAAUUUUUAAUUAGAUUGUACAAUAUAAAUAUUAUGCUCUUAAAAUGAUUCAUUUUUUUUAUUAGUUAAUGCAAUUGAUUGUUUGUACAAUCUAUUCUAUUAAUUUAUAUUAACAUUAUUAUACAGUAUUUAAAAUAAAAUACAUUGAACUAGUGUAUACUAAAUGCAAACAAAAAAACACAUCAAAUUAAGAACCAUGAUAAAAUAUUUUAGAAGAAUAAUGCUGUUAAUAGUCAUAUUGAUUUAAGUUUAGUAUGUCCUUAUUUAUCAUAGGUAUAUAGAUAAUUGAAAACAUUCUUUUCAAAACUCCAAUUUAAAAUAGUUUAAAUACUUACCUACCUACCAAAAUUUUAUCUUAUUUACAUUGUUCCAUGUCUGACAAAUAAUGUUUUUAUGUAUAACACAUCACAGUUACAAUAACAGAGAAAAAAUAUAAUAUUAAAUAUUAACUUUCAUACCUAGCUAUCUAAAAAAAGUAUAUUUACAUUGUAUAAACAUUGCAAGUAGUAUCUUUUAUAUUUUUGAACCAUCAAUUUUAAUAUUGUAUUUGUAAUAAGUACCUAUUAAUUUUGUUAAAUUCCAUAUAUUUUAACAACAAUAUUCAGUAACAAUAUUUUAAAGAACUGAUAAUAUAAUUGCAUAUUAUAUUUUAGGAGUUAUAAACUUUCAGUCUUAAAAUUAUGGAUAGGCCUUCCCUAUUUUUUUUUCCAAGAAAUAUAUUUUGGCUAAUAAUUAUAACUAAAGCUAAAAAUUAUAGUUUAUGUAAAGAUAUAUAAAAUAAUCAUCUAUUUAAUUUGAAGUUAAUUACUUACCCUUGUAACAUUAUUUAGUGUAAUUGUCCAUUCACUUAUAGAUAAAAUCAGAAAUAAAAUACAAUUUAUCAACCAAUAUGUAGAAUACAUUUUUGAUUUAUUAUUUAGUAUAAAAUUACUUACUAAUUGUUUUAUUUUUAAUUUUCAGAUUUUUUUAUAUUAUGGCAUUUGUUAUACGGCGAUUUUAUUCAUCAGUUAUUGAAAAAACUGUUAUGAUAUCUCGAUCAAAAGAUGUGUUUGAAAAUCUUGCAUUAGAACACUGGUACUACCGUCAUUUAGAUUUCACUAACAAACCCAUGUUGUUAUUGUGGAUGAAUGAUAAUUGUGUUGUUAUUGGACGACAUCAAAAUCCCUGGCUCGAAGUAAAUUUCGACCAGGCCAACAAUGUGCAUGUAGCAAGAAGGAAUAGUGGUGGUGGCACCGUAUUUCACGAUAACGGUAAUCUUAAUAUGACAUUUUUUACACACCGAGAUGUAUACAACAGGAAAAAAAAUUUAGAACUGAUUGUUGAAACAUUAAAAAGUGAAUGGAAUAUUUUGACAGAAAUCAAUAAACGAGAAGAUAUUGUAAUAGAUAAUAAUUACAAAGUUAAGGAUCUAAAUAUUAAUUAGUUUUACCAUGGAAUGAAAAUGUUAUUAUUCAAUGGCUGUAUUCUAUUUAGAAAUAUAAUUUUUAUAUAUAUAUAUAUAGAUAUCUGGCACAGCAUCCAAAUUGGGUAGACCUAAUGCAUAUCAUCAUUGUACAUUAUUGGUGAAUUGUAAUAGAGAAUUAAUGUCCGCAUUGUUAAGAAAACACGAAGUAAGUAAUUGUAUGAUAAAAAAUUAUUCAAUAUUAUUGUAUUGAAAUCAUUGGAAAUGUGUUUUAGAAAAAUAUUGAAACCAAUGCUACUGUUAGUGUAUCAUCAGCUGUAUUGAAUUUGACACAAAUUAAUAAUAAAGUUUCAAUUAAUAGAUUAAUGACUGCUAUUGGUUUACAAUACUUAAAAACAGUAGAUGGCAAAAUCACAAAAACUUUAGGAUUUAAUUAUGUAACACCAAAUGAACAUACAUUCCCUGGUAUAUUGUUUUUUCUUUGUAUUGUAUUUUUUAAAAAAAUUGUUACAGUGAUGAAUUUUUUAUUAUAAUCUUAUAUUUAAAAUAAAUUUGAAUAGUUUAUUGAUAUUAUCAUUAUCUUAAACAGGAUUUAAUGAAAUUAAAAAAGAAAUGGAAAGCUGGGAAUGGCGGUAUGGACGAACGCCCAAAUUUAACAUAACCAUAAAAUCAAAUGAGCAAUCUGUUCUUUUGUCUGUAAAAAAUGGCAUUAUUGAAAAUGUUUCAACAACUUGUAAUGUAAGUUUAAAUAACUUGUUUAGUAAAAAAUUCAGUAUGAAUAUUGUGGAAGACAUUAAAAAGUGUUUAAAAACAAUUGAAGUGUAACUUUGUUUCUUUUAAAUUAUAUAAGUUAUUGUAGUCAAAUAAGUUUAGUGUCAAUUUAUAUUUUUGUAAAAUUGUGUAUGAAUUAUAUUUGUAUAGUAAUGAACAUUUUAAGAGUUCACAAAGAAAACAAACUUCUUUUAUAAUUGGUAGUACAUUUUAGUGUGGAAUCCGUACAAUCAAAUGAAACAAAACUUUAAAUAAAAUCAUAUUUUAUAUAAUAUUAUAAAUGUUGUAUACAAUGUACACUUAAUGUGUUUUGACUUUAUUAAUAACCAAUAAGAAUCUAAAUUGUCUUUUUUUACUAAUAAAAUUAAGUAAAAUAUCUACUCUUUCACAUGGUUAAUUUAAUAAAAUAUUUCCAGUUUACACUUUACCACAAUGUUAUAAAAUAUAAUGAUUUAUUUUCUAUUUAGAAUUAGUAUGCAAUAUUUUAUUUUGUGCUACUAAAAUAAUAAUACAAAAAAAAUAAUAUUUCUAAGAAAUAUUUUCAUUGGGAAGAAUACCAAUAGGGCAAUUAAUAUCAAACAAGUGCACAUAUUUUAUUUAUAAUAUGUAUAUUAUAAUAUAUCGUUAUACUUUGAGAUAUACAUUAUUUUAUUUAAUAGAUACAAAUAUCGUAACAAGAAUACAUGAAUAUUUAUUUUUUCUACAUCUAAGUAUCUUAAUGCUAUUAUAUUAGGUUGGUAAUGUAUAUUAUAAUUAUUAUAUUAUAUAUUUCAUAAAUAGUAAUAAUAUAUAGGCCUAUUUUUCUAAGCCGUGAUUAUAAUAAUAAUAUAUAUUAUAUAUAUGAUCAAAGGCUAAAAUCACAUUCUAUGGUAUGAAGUUGUUGCUUUACAGAGAGCGUGCAUAAAUAAUACAUUAACAGCUUAAUAACUAGGAUAUUAUAUUGUACAAUACAUAAUAAUAUUUGAUCAGUCAAUCCAAAUAAUAAUUAUAAAAAUAAAAUAAACAGUAAAACUCGACUAGUAGUCUAUUGUUCAUUUAAAAAUGUGCAAGUUUAUUAUUUACCCUGCACUGAAUUACCUUGCAUUAGGAAUGAAAAUAUAAAAGUGAGAAACAUUGAUUUUGAUUGACUGUAUCCAACACCACUAUAAUGACCGACUAUCAAAUUAGGAACUUUUCUGCUAGGAAAACGAAUACUGAACAAUUUGAACAUAAUGUACUCAUAUAUAUUGUUAUUGAAUGAUUAAGUUCCGAAAUUUCCAAGUAUGAAUUUACUAUUUAUAUUUAUUUUUUAUUUUUUUUUUUUAUGUGUUGUUCGGCAUGCUAGUAGAGUGUUUGGAUACUAAAAAUGUAUAAUAAUAAUAAUAAUAAUAAAGAAUAUACUUGUUUAAUACUUUAACUUGUUUUUAUCGGAAAUAUUGUUUUUUCUACAAGUUUGUCAUUUUAUGGUUCUACGAGAUACAUUUUUCAUUCCUUUGAAUUGUACUGCGUCAUUCACUUCUUGCGAAAUAUCAUUUAAAAUUACUUUAUCCUUUUUUAUCGUCUUGUCAUUGCGCUUAAUCAAAAUACUCAUCAUUACUAAUGAAACUAUCAAUAAAAUGGCACAAAAACUCAUAAGAGGUAGCCAUUUAGUUUGCGUUUCGUUUUCAAUUUCUGAUAUAAGUGGCAUUGACUGGUAUUCGUGAAUUUCUCUUACGACUCUGGUCUGUCUUGAAUUGCCACGUGGACAGUUCGCCUCACGAACAUACCUAGCCCAUGUACGCGGUACAGGUACAGUAAGUUCUCGUCCUGGUCUUGGUUUCACUAGCUUGACAGGCGUACUCUUAGGGUCGAAAUUACACACUAAACUUUUCGUUUUCUUAUUGUUCAUGUUGGAAGCCAUUGAUUUCGUAGAACUGACUAAAAUUCCUAUAUUUCCUUUUUCGCUAGCCCAUUCCCACAUUCUUACAACAUAACAAUCGCAUUUCCAAGGAUUACCUAUUAAUUUCAAUGACAUGAGUUGAUAAUUAUUACUGAAUUUAUCAGGUGUAACAGUUGUUAUAUUAUUAAAACUCAAGUCUAAUUGUUCGAGUUCGGCUAAGGAUUCUAAAAACUUUAAGAAGCUGUCUUUGUCGUUCUUUAAUUUAUUAUCAUUUAACAACAAUCUACUAAUAUUGGGCGUUGUUGUGAAAGCAUCAUCGGGUAAAUAACUCAAAUUACAUUUACUCAAGUCUAAAUUCUUUAAGCCAGAUAAUUGAGGGGGCAAUAUCGGGCCUUGUUCAGGAACUUGCAGUGGAUUUCCUGACAGCCUCAACUCUUCCAAGUCUGGGUAUGUAAAGUUAUCAUAAAAUACUGUAUCAUUCAAACGGCUCAGUCCACAGUUAUUUAAUUCCAAUACUUCUAAGCGCGUAAGAUUUUGGAACAGACCCGAUUCGAGACUUUUAAGUUUAUUACCGGACAAAAUUAGUGUUUUUAAAGCUGACAUUUUGAAGAAAGUUGUUCUUGAUAUUCUUUGUAAAUUACUAUAGCCCAUAUCUAAAUGUUCCAAUGAUUCCAAGGGAGAUAAGAGCGCCGUAAAGGCAUUGUUUAACGGAUUUCUUGAAAUAUCUAACUCUUGUAAGCUAGUAAAUUUAUGGAAAGUAUUAGCUGGUAAACGUGUUAAUCCACAAUCUCUCAAUGACAGUUUCACUAAUUUUAAUAAAGGCGAAAGUGCCACUGCUAAGUCAUUAGCGGACAAAUGAUUUCCAGAUAGUAUGAGCGUACGCAAUUUUGUAGCGUUCGCGAACGCAUCUUCGGAUAAAGGUCCUUUCAAAUGACAGUAACUGAGGUCAAGAAAGUCCAAGUGAACUAAAUUAUGCCCUAAAGUAGUAGCCACGUCAAGAUCAGAUAAUUCGUUUUCGGCCAACACCAAACUCCGUAGCCAAGUAUUAUUGAAAAAUACAUUUUCCGGUAAAUUUGAUACGCCAGAUUGCCUCAAUUCAAGAUGUUCAAGUCUACCUAAAUUACCCAAUAUUAAGAUCCAAUCUAUAUGACUUUUGAGACUGUUUCCAGCCAAUUCUAAUAUCGUCAGAUGUCCAAGACUACUAAACGCUACGCUUGAUAUAUGUGUAAGAUUACAGUUGUUAAGAAUUAGAUGUUUUAAACUAGUAAGUGGAUCAAAUAUGCCAGGUUCAAUGAUAUGUAGAGGAUUUCCAGAAAGGUCAAGUUUAUCCAGACCACUGAUAUUGGCGAAAAAUUGAGGCGAAAGUUUUGAUAGAUGAUUAUCGGCUAGAUAAAGAUACAGCAAUGAUUUGGAAUAUAAAAAUGGGCCGUCAACUUGUUCCAAUGGGUUUCCUUGCAAUUCUAAAGUAAUCAAUCCAGCGCUAUCCCUG